AUGACAUCUACAAGCGGAACCGCAGUCCUUCUUAUUGAUCCUUACAACAACUUUAUUCACUCUGAGGUGAAACACAUGCAGAAACUGAUCCAAGCUGCAAGAGCUGCGCAUAUCCCAAUCUUCUAUUGCUUGCAUCAGCAGUACAAACCGGGCAAUUAUGAUGGGUGGAACCGUGUGACGUUGUAUCAUAUAGGGAUGAAAGAAGGCCGUGUGAUUGAGGAAGGCAGCUGGGGAGCUCAGAUUUAUAAAGGAAUAGAACCCGACCUUGCGAACGACGAUGUAGUCGUAUCAAAGCACUGGAACGCCAGUUCGUUUCAGAACACUGAUCUGGACUACCUACUUCAUCAACGCGACAUCACCAAAUUAGUCUGCGCAGGUAUGACUAGUAACCAGUGCCUGGAAUGCACAGCGCGAUAUGGCAAAGAGCUGGGAUAUGAUGUGACACUGCUUUCUAAUGCGACGGCUGGCUUCACAAUUGAACAAAAGGAUGCAGCUGUCAAUUUGAUCUGGCCUUUGCUCGUGGAGCGCGUCAUGACCGUCGAAGAAUGGGCCGAUAGUAUUGGCGCGCCGAAGCAAUAA